UGCUUUUCUUUGAUUCUGCGUUUAUGAAUAAAUGAAUGAAAAACAAAGAUAUGUAAUAUCCAUAUAUCCGUUCUUUGAUGAAAAAUGGAUAGUGGCGAUCGUUAUGUUAAAAUUGAAAAAGGGGCACAUAUCACCUGUGACAAAGUGGAGUUAGAAGAAAAAUCAGGAAUCGUUGACAUUUUCGAACAAUUUAUAGGCGAAGAAAUAGUUCAAGAUAGAGAAGGAUAUAUGAUCAAGAAUGAAAAAAUUGGCCAAAUUUGUUUAGGUAUAGAAGCCUCUUCAACAGAAAAAAUUCGUGACACAUUAGAUCCACUUAUAAUUAACUCUGAACCAGCUCACUCGGAGGCCUAUGCAUGUAGUAAAAGUCGCUUGGGUUAUAAUCCUGCAAGUGAAAAAAAUUGUCUGGAAUCAUGCAUACAAUAUGAUACAGCUUCCAGUUUGGAAGAUAUCAAGAAAGAAUGUGUAGAAUCUCUUCAAUUGAAUAUCACGAAUCAGAAGUGUCAUUUGUGUGAUUUUGAGACAACUUAUGAAAAAAACCUUGCCUUACAUCUGAAAUCUGUUCAUCCAAAAAUUAGGAAUCAUGAGUGUCAGUUAUGUGAUCUUGUUACAAGUAGAAAAGACACCCUUCAAAGGCAUAUCGACCUUGUCCAUUCAAACAAAUGUCACUUAUGUGGAUAUACUGCAAAAGGGAAGAAUGAACUUGAUGCACAUCUAAGAUCUGUUCAUACAAAUAUCAAGAAACAUAAGUGUUCCUCAUGUGAUUAUGCUGCGACUCGAAAAAAACACCUUGAAGUUCAUGUGAAAUCUGUUCAUUUAAGAAUUAAGGAACACAAGUGUCAUCUAUGCGAGUAUGAGACAUGUGAAAAAAAAGUGCUUCAAAAGCAUAUUGAUACUGUCCAUUUGAAUAUCAAGAAACAUGAUUGUUCCUUAUGUGAUUACUCUGCUAGUCAAAAACUGCACCUCGAAGUUCAUGUGAAAUCUGUUCAUUUGAAUAUCAAGGAUCAUAAAUGUUCCUUAUGUGAAUACGUUGCGGGUCAGAAAACAAACCUUGAAGUUCAUGUGAAAACUGUUCAUUUUAACAUCAAGGAACAUAAAUGUUCCCUAUGUGAAUACGCUGCGAGUCGGAAACAUCAACUGGAUGUUCAUAUGAAAUCUGUUCAUUUAAAAAUUAAGGAACACAAGUGUCAUCAAUGUGAUUAUGCGACAAAUGAAACAAAUAUGCUACAAAGGCAUAUCGAUGCCGUCCAUUUAAAUAUCAAGAAAUACAAUUGUCACAUGUGUGAAUACGCUGCGGGUAAAAAAGAUAACCUCGAUGCACACAUAAAAUUCGUUCAUUUAAAAAUUAAGAAACACAAGUGUCAUAUGUGUGAAUAUGCUGCGAGUUUCAAAACAACCUUAAACAAUCAUAUAAAAUCUGUUCAUUUGAAAAUUAAAGAUUACAAAUGUCACCUAUGCGAUUAUGAUACAAGUGUUAAGUCUCAACUUCAAUGGCACAUCAACUGUGUUCAUUUGAAUUUGAAGAAACACAAAUGUCCUCUAUGUGAUUAUGCAGCCAAUGAGAAACGUAUCAUCCAACGACAUGUAAAGUCUGUUCAUUUGAAAACCAAGGAUUACAAGUGUCAGCUGUGUGAAUAUGUUACAAGUACAGAUGUAAAUCUUCGAAAUCAUAUAAAAAAGAAACACCACACAACUCAGGUCACGUAAAUAUCUAGCAGUAAUUAUAAAACGUGCUACAAAUAUACUAGGUAAUUUACGAAGGUUGAGUUGGUCUAAAUUGUAUGAAAAUCCAUAAAGGCACUAAAUAAUUUUGUUUUUAUGGUUGUAAUUAUAGCUAUGAUGAGCUGGAUGUGUUAUAAAUGAAUCUCACAUAAUUAAAGUCCUUGAUGGACCAAAGAAAAUGAUAACAGGCUGAAGAAUUCAAUAUGAGUUUGAUAAAACUUUGGAAGUGAUUUCAUUUAAGCAAUGGGCUGAGUUUUUUAAGUUAUUAAAUAUUGAAAUUAACUCUGAAUGUUAUCAAUUUAUAUAUCAACUAUUUCCAUUGAAAUUAUAUGAAUUUUUCGCGAUUAUUACAGAUUAUAUUAUAGAACAUAAUUUUGUAAGGGUCCCUGACCUUACAUGAAGUGUUGGUAAUAUAUUGUUUUGAUGAAUAAAAUUUUUCUA